AUGUGCCCGGAGGAGGGCGGCGCGGCUGGCCUGGGCGAGCUCCGCUCCUGGUGGGAAGUCCCGGCCAUCGCGCACUUCUGUUCGCUCUUUCGCACAGCGUUCCGCCUGCCGGACUUUGAGAUCGAAGAGCUAGAAGCAGCUCUUCACAGAGAUGACGUUGAGUUUAUCAGUGACCUGAUUGCUUGCCUGCUACAGGGUUGCUAUCAACGAAGAGAUAUCACGCCUCAGACAUUCCACAGCUACUUGGAGGACAUCAUCAACUAUCGCUGGGAGCUUGAAGAAGGAAAACCCAACCCUCUGCGAGAAGCCAGUUUCCAGGAACUCCCUCUUCGGACUCGUGUGGAAAUCCUGCAUCGCCUCUGUGAUUAUCGGCUCGAUGCAGAUGAUGUCUUCGAUCUUCUCAAGGGUUUGGAUGCAGAUAGUCUCCGGGUGGAACCACUGGGUGAAGACAAUUCAGGAGCACUAUAUUGGUAUUUCUAUGGAACACGAAUGUACAAGGAGGACCCUGUGCAAGGCAAAUCCAAUGGAGAACUCUCUUUGAGCAGAGAAAGUGAAGGACAGAAAAAUGUCUCCAGUGUGCCUGGAAAAACAGGCAAAAGAAGAGGAAGACCUCCCAAACGGAAAAAAUUGCAAGAGGAGAUUACAGUGAGUGAAAAACAGGAAGAAAGCACCUUGACAUCUGAGGGACAGACAAGAAAUGGCUCCCAAGGGCCAGGCCAAGGCACAUGGUGGCUCCUGUGCCAGACUGAAGAAGAGUGGAGACAGGUCACCGAGAGUUUUCGAGAGAGGACAUCCCUGCGAGAACGGCAGCUCUACAAGCUCCUCAGUGAGGACUUUCUGCCCGAGAUCUGCAACAUGAUAGCCCAGAAGGGAGAAAAUCUACAGCACACAAAGGCAGAAUUGCCACCUAGGUGGGUAUCUGACCACUUGUCUGUCAGAUCCAACAAACAGCAAGAAACUCCUGUGCUUACCAGAAUAGAAAAACAGAAGCGCAAAGAGGAGGAAGAAGAACGUCAAAUUCUGCUAGCGGUGCAGAAGAAGGAGCAGGAGCAGAUGCUGAAAGAAGAGAGGAAACGGGAGUUAGAGGAAAAGGUCAAGGCAGUGGAAGGUAUGUGUGCUUCCUGUGCAGGAAUGGCACAUUUGCAGCCAAAGAUCAAUCAAGCUGGGUCCUUUCGUUACACCAACACCGACUUUGAGAAGGAAGAUCGAGCUAAAAGGAGAAAGCUUAGGGAAGAACGGGCAUGGCUACUUGCUCAAGGCAAAGAGCUCCCCCCAGAACUUUCCCAUCUGGACCCUCAUUCCCCAAUGAGGGAAGAAAAAAAGGCUAAGGAUCUGUUUGAGUUGGAUGAUGAUUUCACUGCCAUGUAUAAAGUCUUAGAUGUGGUAAAGGCGCACAAGGAUUCAUGGCCUUUUUUGGAACCUGUGGAUGAAUCUUACGCACCUAACUAUUACCAGAUUAUUAAGAUCCCUAUGGAUAUUUCAAGCAUGGAGAAGAAACUCAACAGUGGCUUAUACUGUACCAAGGAGGAAUUUGUAAACGAUAUGAAGACUAUGUUCAGGAAUUGUCGGAAAUAUAAUGGGGAAAGUAGCGAGUAUACCAAGAUGUCUGACAAUUUAGAGAAGUGUUUCCAUCGAGCAAUGGCGAAACAUUUUCCUGGAGAAGAUGGAGACACAGAUGAAGAAUUUUGGAUCAGAGAGGAUGAAAAGCGAGAAAAGAGACGGAACCGAGCAGGACGGAGCAGUGGAAGCCACGUUUGGACCCGCUCCAGAGAGCCCGACGGAACCGGCAAGAAACAGCAGCCCAUGGAGAAUGGGGGGAAGUCUUUGCCCCCCACACGCCGCCGCGCCUCCUCCUCUGGGGAUGAUCAUAGCAGCAGCUCCAUGCAGCCACCCCGGGAAUUGGGCACUUCCAACGGCCAGGGCUUUUCACGUUCCAUGCCUUAUGGUGGGAUGCCCAACCAGACACCUCUUUUAAACCAGAUGAGGCCUGCAGUGCCAGGAGCCUUUGGCCCUCUUCAAGGAUCAGACCCUGCCAACUUUUACGGCUCCUCUCGAGUCCCAGAACCACAUCCAGGAGAGCAGCAUCAAGUUUUUGCCAUGCAGCCUCCUGUUGGAAUUAACAAUCACCGAGGACCCAGACUAGGAACACCUGAAGAAAAGCAAGCGUGUGGGGGUUUGACACACCUCUCUAACAUGGGAGCACAUCCUGGAUCCUUACAGCUUGGGCAGAUGAGUGGCCCCAAUCAGGAGGGAAAUUUGUAUCCCCCGCCUCAGUUCCAGCCAGGAUUUAUUCCACCCAGACAGAGUGGGGUUCCUCCCCGACCACCUGAUUUUCCUGAAAACUCAGAAAUCCCUCCCACUCAUAUGUACCGCUCAUACAAGUACCUGAAUCGUGUGCCGCCUGCUGUCUGGAAUGGGAGCCAUGGUGCUGCACACCCAGGACCCCUGGGGCCGGAUGACAAGCUUCCACUGGGACCAGGGCCUUCUCACCAGCCUCACUCUCUUGGUCAUAUGAUGGAUUCCCGAGUGAUGAGACCACCGCUCCCUCCAAACCAGUGGAAUGAACAAUCAAGUUUUCUACCUCAUGGAGCUCCUUCUUCAGGGUAUAUGCGACCACCCUGCAAAUCUGCUGGACAUCGGUUACAGGCUCCAGCCGCUGCACAUGGUUCCCUGUAUGGAGCACCCCCCCAGGCUCUGCGGGGGGUCCCAGGAGGGGACUCCAUGAUGGACAGCCCAGAGAUGAUUGCCAUGCAGCAGCUCUCCUCCCGUGUUUGCCCACCAGGUGUGCCUUACCACCCCCAGCAGCCCACUCCUCCCCAUCUGCCUGGCUCUUUUCCACAGGUACCUCACUCAGCAUCAGUAAGUUUGUCAACCUCCAAGCCUGACUUGGGGAACACUGGGAGAACACAGGAUAACAGUGAAACAAAAGAUCCUGAGAAUGAUGGAGCAGAGCCCUUACCAGGGCUUGAGGAGAAACCACCAAGUGUUGGUGCUUCAGAGGGGGUGUACCUCAAACAACUACCUCACCCUACACCUCCCCUACAGACAGAUGGUACCAAGCAGAGCUCACCUCAAGAAAGGGAAGCAGAAGGUGCAGAGCUCAAAAACGACUCCUCAGAAACUGGGGACAACUGCAAAGCAACCAAGGGCAACAGCACCUGGCGCUCAGACGCCAGCUACACGAGCCCAACUGCACAAGGAUGUAUGGGAGACCUCUCCACUGUGGCCGAGAAAGGGCCUCUACCCGAAAAUGGAGUGCUUGGUGAAGCCUCCUCAUGUGGAUCAGAGGGCAAGAAUCUUGGGGGCUGUGGUUCAGAAAAACCACUCUGCCCGAGAGGCAAAGCAUUGCCAGAAACCAUGCCAUGUGCAGGACAGAAUGCCCCGACACCUCCCAACGCAGAUCCCAGUUUGAUGGGAGGCCCUGUGAGCCAGUUUUCUCCCCUGUACAUGUCAGGCCUGGAAUACCCGAAUUCGGCUGCACAUUACCACAUCAGCCCAGGCCUGCAAGGUUUGGGCCCAAUGAUGGAGAAAUCCUCGAUGUCCCAUCCUCAGCAUUUCCCACCUAGGGGCUUCCAGUCUAAUAACCCUCAUUCUGGCAUCUUCCCCCACUAUCGCCCCCACCAAGGAAUGAGAUAUUCUUACCAGCCACCACCUCAGCCUCCCUACCAUCACUACCAGCGAACUCCUUAUUACACAUGUCCACAGGGAUUUUCAGACUGGCAGAGACCUCUCCAUCCCCAGGGAAGCCCAGGUGGGCCCCCAUUUACUCAGCCUCCUCCACCUAGGCCCCUCUUCACAGAUAAGAAUGCUGUGACUAGCCUACAAGGCUGUGAGACACUUAAUGCUGCCUUAACUUCUCCAACCCGGAUGGAUGUGGCCACUAAGGUUGUUCCAGCUGAUGGGCAGAAUCCUGGUCCGGAGGAUGAGAAGCUGGAUGAAUCUAUGGAAAGGCCAGAGAGUCCCAAAGAGUUUUUAGACCUGGACAACCAUAAUGCAGCUACCAAACGACAAAGUUCCUUGUCAGCCAACGAAUAUCUUUAUGGAACUCCUCCUCCACCUGUGGGUUCAGGAAUGGGUUUUGGUUCAUCUGCUUUCCCACCCCAUGGCAUGAUGCUACCGUCGGGGCCUCCAUACACACCUCAGCGGCCAGCCAGUCACUUCCAGCCCCGGGCUUACUCUUCUCCUGUGACUGCUCACCCACCUCACCAUCCAGUGGCUGCCCAGCCCAAUGGCCUCCCUCAGGAGGGCCCCGUCUACCGCUGCCAGGAGGAAGCCAUGGGUCACUUUCAAGCUGUAAUGAUGGAACAAAUUGGCACUGCAAGUGGGAUAAGGGGACCUUUCCAGGAAGUGUACAGACCAUCAGGAAUGCAGAUGCAUCCUGUCCACUCACAGUCCCCGUUCCCAAAGACUCCAGCACCAGCAACAUCACAGGAAGAGCUGCCACCACAUAAGCCCCCAACACUUCCUCUGGAUCAGAGCCCAAGACAGCAGCUCAAGUACAAUGGAAGUCGAAUAGAAGAUGAAUGCUGA